AUGGCUUCGACCAUCAAAACAAUUGUGGCCACCGGCGCCACUUCAGGCCUAGGCUUCGAGGCCAUCAAGCAGCUCCUGGCACAAACACAGCCAUACAAGUUCAUUCUCGGCGCGCGCAAUACCUCAGCGGCAAAGGCAGCAUACGAUGGACUGCACUUUGACAGCUCGCGACACAGUCUCAAGGUGGUGCCGCUCGAGCUGUCGAACCUCAAGACGGUUCGAUCAUUCGCACAGGAGACGUUGGACUCCCUCGGCCAGGACAAGCUGGACUACCUAUUCCUAAGUGCGGCGCAAAAUAAGGGCGCCGAGGCGAAGGGGCCUUUUGGGUCUAAUUGGUGCGAAUCGUAUAUUGUGAAUCAUCUUUCUAACAUCAUUUACAAUUCAGCGCAGCACUAUCUCCUCCACCUGCUCAGGGACAAGCUCGUCGAGUCGCAAUCGCGCAUCAUUUUUGUUAGCUCCGGAGCGGUUCGCAACGUUCCCGAUAUUGGCGUCUUAGAUAAAGAUUUGCUUGGGGGCGCCGGGACCAAAGACACGACGAUUUAUUGCGAGACCAAGUUUGUGCAGCUGCUGAAUGCUCACUGGUGGCGACGUCAGCUGAAAGGGUCCGCCACGGUAGUUGCUGUGAGUCCUGGGCUCAUCCCUGGAACUGGAAUUGGCAGACACAGCUCUUUCAAGUUGACGAUGGAUAUGCCCGAUGCAAAGAGCGUGCCCGAAGGCGCAUCGAAUCUUUUGCGGGCCUUCACGAUCUCGCAUUUCCCGCCAGACGAUGCCCAGAUAUUUUUGACUUCAUGGGGCGAGUGGUGGAGCAAAGACGUCUUUGCAAAUACCUUGGAUGAGCAACUGCAGGCUAAGUGGAGCCUAAGCAUUGAACAGAUUGAGAGCGAGGAAGGCAUAGCUUGA